AUGAGCUUGGUACUGAACAAUACCGAGUUCAAUACUUCACAUUACAAAGCAGUAUUGAGCUCGCAAUACCGAGCUCGAAAUUGUUCGGCCGGUGGAGCUGCCCUAGUGAUUCUGCGAGAAAUCUUCAUGCCGUCGCAAUCCAUGGCCUCCACCAGCUCUCUCUCCCAAACUUUCGCCUUACAUGGAAGAAGAAGGAACGUCUCAUUAUUCGCAUUCACCUCACGAAGAAGUACCACUCCCUCCUCCCUACCUACAUUCCUCUACCGACGAAUCCGAACACCCUCAAAAGUUGCUUUCACAUCUGAACCAGUCCCCUACGGUCUUCUCAACAAGUUUAAGAUCCGUUGUGCUGAAAUUAUCCCGCAAGAAAGAUCAGUAGGAGUACCAGGCGCUCUUUCUAUUACUCAAAGGAUUCUCCCAUUUGUCUUACUCUCCGUUUUUCUAUCCUUCACCUGCGGCACUUCUCUAGCUGCGGUUGACGACUCGAUUAGAACUUCUGGGUUUGGGUUGACGGUAGCCACGGCUUUGAGAAAAUCUGGUUGGAUCGAUGAAGCCAUUGUAUUCUUUCUUGCUACUCUCCCAGUGAUUGAACUUCGCGGGGCCAUCCCUGUGGGUUAUUGGAUGCGGCUAGAUCCGCUGAAACUCACCGUAGUCUCUGUCCUAGGGAACAUGGUGCCGGUGCCCUUUAUAGUGCUCUAUUUGAAGCAGUUUGCCGCUUUUCUUUCAAAGAAGAGUUCUUCGGCUUCCAGGGUUGUGGAGCUUCUGUUUGAGAGAGCAAGAGAAAAGGCUGGGCCAGUGGUGGAGUUUCAGUGGCUAGGUUUGAUGCUUUUUGUUGCCGUGCCAUUUCCGGGUACUGGAGCGUGGACUGGGGCCAUCAUUGCCGCUAUUCUUGAUAUGCCAUUUUGGUCUGCAGUUUCUGCAAAUUUCUUUGGCGUGGUUUUCGCUGGACUUCUGGUAAAUUUACUUGUGAAUCUUGGUCUCAAGUAUGCUGUCAUGGUGGGCAUACUUCUCUUCUUUAUUUCCACAGUCAUGUGGAACGUUUUGCGGAGUUUCAGGAGUACUUAGACUAGCAGAUGGCAACAUAGGCUUCGUUUGGGACAGCUUUUUUCCUGCUUCUAAACAGCUUUAUAGUAAAAAAUUAAAAUUUUUGAACUAAAAAACAAUAAGAAAUACGUCCCAAACGAAGCCAUAGACUGCAAAUUGAUGAAGAGUUGAGGGACAAUUAACAGAGACAUAUAAGGAACUCGCAUCAAAUUCAUUGCAACUUCUCCUUAUAACGGACGAGUCAGAAAUAACCCUUUGCCUAUUGACAAGGUAUGGACUAUCUAUUGGCAAGUAAUCUACAAAACAAGCAUUUAACCAGCUUAAGGACAGCUAAUUAGCAGCAGCUAUUUCUUUCUAUACUAAAUUGCUCACUUGGAUGCUUUUGAUAAACAACUAAUUUUUAUUCAAAUUGCAGUUUUGAGACUAUACUUUCCCUUUUUAAUUGAAUAAUGUCACAUCAAUGUAUUAAGCUG